AUGUUAUAUUCGAAACGUCCGGUGCGUUUUCCCCUUGAAGACGAAAUAUUACCGAAUAAAAACAUAAUAUAUACAAAUCCAAAUGGUAAUUUCGCGAAUUCACUAGGCGACUAUCAUGGUCAAGACGACGAAAUUGCAUGCAUUAUGAAGGGUUCUUUGCGAACGUGUAUCCUGCGAUCAGACGGUAAACAAAAAGAAAUCCUUAACAAUUUAACCAUGGUGUAUAGUGGGAAGAGGUCGUCCGCCGGUGCCGUUGUCGGGGUGGGACGGCAAGGGUCUUGGUCCGGACCAAAACUCGUCGAGGGUGGACCGUGCGAGUAUUAUACGAUCAGGAAUAUGACGACGUGA